AUGUACGCGAGCGCGCGUCCGCUACCAGCGAGACAGCAUUCCUCGCUCCGCACGCAGCCGAGCCGAGCCGAGCUGCACCGCGCCGAGCCGAGCCGAGCGGAGCACUUUAUCACCCGGCGCCCCGCGCAGAGGCGGCAGAGGAGGGGCGAUGAGCUGACCAUGGCAGCUCCCAGGACCGAGAUCUUCAUCUCCCAGCUGCUCCUCUUCAGCCAAAUGGUUGUGGCAGCAGAGCCGCUGGUCCGUGGCCUGAGGAAACUCCCUGAAGACGUCGACUGGUCGUACUCAGGUGCCCUGAACCAGCACAACUGGGGUAAGAAGUACCCGUCCUGUAACAGCGCCAGGCAGUCCCCCGUGGACAUCGACGAGACGUUCACCCAGGUCAGGCUGCAGUACCAGAAUCUACAGCUAGAGGGCUGGGACAAGCUGACGGCAGAGUCCAGCACCAUCCACAACAACGGCAAGACCGUGGCCCUCCGCGUGGAAGGGGAGUUCUUUGUGAGUGGAGGAGGGCUGAGCUCCAGGUUCCGCGUUGGUACAAUCACCUUCCACUGGGGGCACUGCAAUGCGACGUCCGAUGGGUCUGAACACAGCCUGAAUGGGAUGAAAUACCCCCUGGAGAUGCAGGUCUUCUGUUACGAUCCAGAUGACUUCCAAAGUCUGGAUGCUGCCGUUGGGGAAGGAGGAAGGAUCGCUGCCUUGGCUGUGCUCUUUGAGAUCGGCUUGGACGACAACGAGAGCUUCCGCCCUGUUAUAGAAGCCGUCAACACCGUCAGCAGGUUUGAUAAGAGCGGGUCGAUGGAAGCGUUCACCCUGCGGUCCUUGCUGCCUAAUAACACCGAUAAAUAUUACAUCUACAAUGGCUCACUAACCACACCUCCCUGCUCUGAGACGGUGGAAUGGAUCGUCUUCAAACACACUGUGGCCAUAUCAGAAACACAGUUGGAGGUGUUUUGCGAGGUGAUGACCAUGGAGCAGGCCGGAUACGCGAUACUGACGGAUUACCUGCAGAACAACUUCAGGGAGCAGCAGCAGCAGUUCAUGGGUCAGGUGUUUGCCUCGUACACCGGAGUGGAGGACGUGCUCACCCCCACCUGCAGCUCGGAGCCGGAGAACGUUCAGGCUGAUGCCCAGAACGACACGACCAUCGUGGUGACGUGGGAGCGCCCGCGCGCGGUCUACGACACCACCAUCGACUGGUACACCGUCACCUACCAGAGGCUGCAGGGCCGAGACCAGAGCAAGCAGGAGUACAGGACGGACGGGGACCAGGAUGUGGGUGCCAUCAUCCCCAGCCUGCUGGCCAACAGCAGCUACGUGGUUCAGGUAGUCGCCAUUUGCACCAACGGACUCAGAGGUCGAUGGAGUGACCAGAUUAUAGUGGACAUGCCGCUAGAAGACCCUGAAAGUGAUUCAGAUCCUGACGUUGCCACUAAAGAGCCGGAAGGCAACAGAGAGCUCUCACCUAAAGUCAAAUCAGAGCCGCCCAAGAACCAGAAUCCGGUGGAUUUGUCUCCGGAGGACCACAGCCCCGUGGAGGAGAUCCCCGUGGAGCAGACCAGAGUUUACCAGAACCAGCGUUCGCACCACCAGAACCUCCCGUUCGAGGUCAGCAGCCGCCCUGAGUCUGUGGUCCUGCAGAAAACCCAACUGGACCAGAAUGGGAAAAAGAAAGCGGGCCGGAGCGGUACCGAACCCGAUGACACGGAUCAGAACUGGAUUUACGAGGACAGCGAUCCGACACGCGGGCCGUUCACCAAAGAGGGUUUCGACGGCAACGGCGCGAUAUGGGUGACCGAGGUCACCGAGCAGCCGGGCUUCCUGUUUCCAGUUGCCCGGACAACAACGCUGCCGACGAUUCGCCGACAAAUCAUAGAAGAGGCGUCGUUGUCGGUGUUGCCACAUCAGUCUGGGGAUCACGGUCCACCAGACCAAGACCAGGACGGAGACCUCGGCCUCCCUUCCCCUCAGUCGGCCCUCUACACCCCUCUUGUGGAGGACAUCCACGUCACAGAUAUCUUCUAUGAAGACACAGUCGGCAGCUCUGCACUAGAAACAACCGCCCCUCCAGAAACAGGGUCUUCUGCUGCUGUGUUGCCAGGUGCUAGAGUGGACAGAGUCUCCCUGCCGUCCACCGAGGUCAGCGAUGUCCCUGUGAACCGACCUCGACCAGAAACCAUCAGCUCGGUUCCCUCCACCCCUUCGCCGCUCUGGAUCACGGCGAAGGCGGCGACCGCCAGCAACACCCUGGCCGAGUCGGUCUACAAAUCAUUCACCACCUCCUCUCUGCUCAGGGUGCUGAUGCAUACAACCCAGCCCAUGUUUAACGAGGGCAGCAACAGCAGCCACGAGUCUCGGGUGGGGCUGGUCGGAGGCGUGGACAGGGAGAAGAGGACGGUCGUCCCUCUGGCUGUUGUCUCCACUCUCACCAUCCUCUGUCUGCUGGUGCUGGUUGGCAUACUCGUCUACUGGAGAAACUGUGUCCAGACGGCUCAUUUCUAUCCAGAUGACAAUGCGUCACCUAAAGUCAUAUCGGCUCCAUCGACGCCCCUGCUGCUGGCCACGGACGGUCACGAGCCGCUGACAGUGAAGCAGUUUGUGAAGCAUGUCAUGGAGCUGCACGCCGCCAACACCUUCUCCAAGGAGUUCGAGAUUGUCAAAGAAUCCUAUGAGGAGGUGCAGGUGUGCACAGUGGACAUGGGCAUCACUACAGACAGCUCCAAUCACCCCAACAACAAAUGCAAGAACAGAUACAUAAACAUACUGGCCUAUGACCACAGUAGAGUCAAACUCUCCAACAGUUUGGACAGAGAUGGGAAAUGCGGAGACUACAUCAACGCAAAUUUUGUAGACGGUUACGAGCGAACAAGGGCGUACGUCGCGGCUCAGGGGCCCCUCAGAGCGGGCAGGGAGGACUUCUGGAGGAUGAUCUGGCAGCAGAAUGUUGGAGUCAUUGUCAUGAUCACCAACCUCAAGGAGAAAGGACGGACAAAAUGUGACCAGUACUGGCCGCAGGAGAGCCAGGAAGAAUACGGCCCGUACCAGGUGACCCUGAAAAGCAGCAAGACCCUCGCUUACUACACACUGCGGACAUUCACCGUCAGAGAUACCUCAAAUAAGAGGAAAGUUGAACACACUGUCCUCCAUUACCACUACACCCAGUGGCCAGACAUGGGCGUCCCAGAAUACACUCUGCCUGUGCUGUCCUUCAUCAGAGCAUCCUCCCGGGCGAGGACACAGGAGAUGGGACCCGUUCUGGUGCACUGCAGUGCCGGUGUCGGAAGGACAGGAACCUACAUAGUGAUAGACAGCAUGCUGCAGCAGAUCCAGGAUCAGGGUACGGUGAAUGUUCUCGGUUUCCUGAAGCACGUCCGGACACAGAGGAACUUCCUGGUUCAGACGGAGGAGCAGUACGUCUUCAUCCAUGACACUCUGGUGGAGGCCAUAUUAAGCCGUGGCACCUCAGUGACCUCUGACCUCCUCCACACUUACGUGUCUGACCUCCUGACCCCUGGGGCGUCGGGCAGGACGCGCAUGGACAAACAGUUCAAGUUGAUCAGUCAGCGCCAGGCGAAGCACGCAGACUACAGCACCGCCCUGAGGGACGGCAACGCCGAGAGGAACAGAGCCAGAGCUCUGAUGCCUGUGGAAAGAUCAAGAGUGUGUCUGACCACUUCAGAGUCGAACUCCACCGGGUUCAUCAACGCCUCCUACGUCAUGGGACAUCACCACAGUAAGGAGUUCAUCGUGAGCCAGACUCCUCUGAGCAGCACGGUGGCAGAUUUCUGGAGAAUGAUCUGGGAGCACAGCACACACACUGUUGUCCGUCUGCCAGACACACACUGUCAGACUGAAGACAGGGAGUCCUGUGUUUACUGGCCCAUUAAAGACCAGCCAAUGAGCUUUGAGGGUUUCACUGUGUCAUAUUUGGGGGAGGAGCAUGUGUGUCUGUCCAAUGAGGAGAGACUGUUGGUGCAGGACUUCGCAGUGGAGUCUCCACAGACUGUGUUGGAGGUGCGUCAGUACAGCGCCCCCUGCUGGCCUAACCCAGACAGUCCCAUCAGGAACAGUUUCGAUCUGGUCAGCGCAGUGCGAGAGCACAGCAGACAUUCGUACACACCCACAAUCAUACAUGAUCCGUUGGGAGGUGCUACAUCAGGGCUGUUCUGUGCCCUCACCGCCCUGUCCAGUCAGCUCGAGGAGGAAGGAGCGGUAGAUGUUUACCAGGUGGCACGGAUGACCAACCUCAUGAGGCCUGGCGUUUUUAAUGAUAUAGAGCAGUACCAGUACCUGUACCGAGCUGUGCUGAGUCUGGUGAGCAGCCAGGAAGACCAGAGAGCCCUGCAGAGUCCAGAAACCAACGGGUCUGUACCACUGGGCCAGACUAACAUCGCUGAGAGCCUGGAGUCACUCAUGUAG